AUCGGACGGCCGGAGUCUGGAGCGGCGCGCGGCGCUGAGCGGGAGCCGCAUGAGGAGAGCGAGGUGCUGGCUGCAGAGUCUGUGGCAUGUCUGAACAAAGCACUGGGUCACCUUCGGGAUAUCUGGGAGGAGAUUGGGAUCCCUGAGGAGCAGCGACUGCAACGAACAGAAGUGGUGAAGAAGCACAUCAAGGGUCUGCUGGACAUGAUGGUGGCUGAGGAGGAGAACCUGAAGGAGCGUCUCCUGAAAAGCAUUGCUAUGUGUCGCAAGGAACUGGACACUCUCUGCAAGGAGCUCCAGCUGGAUCCAUUUAAGGAGGAAGAGGAGAGCACCAUCCUGCAGCUGGAGAAGGACUUGCGCACCCGCCUGGAAGUGAUGCUGAAGCAGAAGAGAGAGAGGAAGCAGGAGCUGAAAACUCUCCAAGAACGUGACCAAGACUUGUGUGAUCUUCUCUGCAUGACCCCCUACAGCAUCGACAGCAACUCCGUGCCCAGCCUGGAGGAGCUCGACUGCUUCAGACGCCACCUGGCAGCGCUGGCUGCUGAGAAGGAGUGCAGGAGAGAGGAGUUCAUCAGCGUCAAGCGGCAGAUCAUUCUGUGCAUGGAGGAGCUGGAUCACGUCCCUGACACCAGCUUCGAGCGGGAUGUGGUGUGUGAGGAUGAGGACGCCUUCUGCCUAUCUACGGAGAACAUUGCUGCUCUUAAAGAGCUGCUGCAGCAGUUGGAGACCCGGAGAGCUUUAAAUGAAGCUGUUUGCAGUGAGCUGCGCUCCAGAAUUGUGGAGCUCUGGGACAGGCUGAAGGUGCCUGUGGAGGAGAGAGAAGCCUUUGCCACAUAUAUGACCGGAUCCAAAGCCAAAACCAGGAAAGCCCUGCAGUUCGAGGUGGACCGUCUGGAGGAGCUGAAGCUGCAGAACAUGAGGACUGUGAUUGAAGCAAUCAGAGCAGAGCUGGCCGCUUACUGGGACAAAUGCUUUUACGGCACUGAGCAGAGACAAGCUUUUGUUCCUUACUACGAGGAGGACUGCACCGAGGCCCUGCUGCAGCUCCACGACGCUGAGGUGGGGCGUGUGAAGCAUUACUACGAGACACACAAAGAGCUCUUUGAAGCUGUUCAGAAAUGGGAGGAAAAUUGGAGGCUUUUCCUCGAGCUGGAGAGAAAAGCAACGGAUCCAAGUCGCUUUGCUAACCGAGGGGGCAACCUUCUGAAGGAAGAAAAGCAGCGAGCGAAACUGCAGAAGACUCUCCCCAAGCUGGAGGAGGAGCUGAAAGUUCGGAUUGAGGCCUGGGAACGGAAGCACGAGGAGGCCUUCUUGGUGAAUGGGCAGCGGUUCAUGGAAUAUGUGAGCGAGCAAUGGCAGCUGCAUCGGCUGGAGAAAGAGAAGGAGAAGCAGGAACGGCAACUGAAGAAGAGUCGUCAGAUUGAGGAGGAGAUGAUGUAUGGCAGUGUCCCGAGGACACCCAGCAAGCGCCGGGUCCUAGGCGCCAACACGCCUGGCAAAGUGAGGAAGCUCAAUGCAACUUCCUGUGCCACUCCCAACAGCACACUCCGUUCCGCCUUUGGGGGGGCGCUCUUCCACUCCCCGGUGUCCCGCCCACUGCCCUCCGGAGGCAAGCUCGACCAACCUGCUCGGACCCCCAGCCGCGUGGCCAUGAAGCCCCCUCGCACGGCGCACACAGAACGGAACAAGGAGAACAUAUCCCAGUUGAAUGGAACCACCCUGAGCGGUGGGUGCACCCCCACAGCCCCUGCCCAGCGUAACUACAGCAUUAACUCUGUUGCCAGCACCUAUUCUGAGUUUGCGCGCGAACUUUCAAAGGCUUCCAAAUCUGACAUGAGCUCCCGGAUCCUGAACUCCACAACCACCAACAUCCACUGUUGAGGAGGCCACAGCCACAGGGUUCCAGCUCUUUAGACUUGCUUGGUCGCUGCUCUGGCACAGCAUGACUGGAUAUGCAGCGCCUGAGCGUACGUCCCUUCAGCUGGAGGUGAAAAUGACAAGUGCCCCACGUUGGAUUUUUAGCUGGCCCUACAUGCUGCCCUGCGCGUAGCCAUCCCCAUGGGGAGAGGCAGGCGCAUGCAGUGGGGGGAGGGAGACCUUUUUUUUUUUUUUUUUUUUUUAAUGGUUUUUACUACAGUGACUUUCAGGUUUUUAUGUUAGAUGCAAUGUUUUAAAAAGUGUGGGGCUACUCCUGCCCAGGGUUCCCUGCUCUUCAUACACUACUGCAUGGCCCAUGGAGCCCUGGAGUGGGGCAGCCAGAGCCUCCAAUGGCAACCUGUCCCCUGUGCCCCCCAGCUGCCCUUCUGCUUUGCCUGCCUGGGCUGUGACUGGUUAAUUCUUUGGCUCUCCGGCUGGGCUGCUGUCUGAGGUGCUAGAGCCCAUAGUAGCUUACUCAGUAUCGGUUCCCCUGCAUACUUACCUCCUCACCUGAGCAUUUCCCAGCAGCGGGGCCUGGGGCUGGCUGGCACCCAGGCAGCCGAGGGCUCCAGGACAGCAUGGGCUUCUUAGCCUGCUGCCAAUAUGCUGUGCGGAGUGAAGCUAGUGCCCUGGACUAGCUGAUCGAGGUCCAUGCCUUGUCCUGCCCUGAGAGUGCAACUGUCCUGCUGGCCCAAGGCAUGGGCAUAAUGGGAGAGGGUGUCAGCCAUGAUCCAUAAAAAGCAGCUAGGAUACUCGAGCCCACGCCUCCCCGGCUGGUGGCCCAAGCAUUCCCUACCAGGAUCCAUUCACCAGCACUGACUUGGGGUCAGGCAGCCUGGCCCUUUCCCAGCACAACCUGCCCUUCUAAAGACAAAGGCAGCUGAGCUGGGGCAAGACUUGGCUGCUUUCACCUCCUACCUGCUAGACUAACUUGGCAGCACUGUAAAUAUAGAAACCCCUAGGUUAGUGCCUUGUACCUGUGCUACUGGGCCAGCUUGGCCUGCCAGCAAGGGCACUCCACCUUGGCCAGUGGCAGUCCCUAUGGCGACCGCUGUCUAGAGAGGAUAUUAGGGGGCUGUAGCUAUGUUGCUCAGAGGGUGGAUUACUGACACAAGUGGGGAGUGCAGCCUAACCCGAGUCUUGAGGCCUCUUGGGGUUAUGAAUUGAGCGGCAGCUCAGCUUUCCUAGGCCGUGUGGCAGUAAUCCCCUCGGCUAGCCCCUGCCCUCGCCCUCUAGAGCAGGGGUUAGUAUGUACCCCCCUAGGGCCUGUUCCCCAUGCAAGCUGCACCUUUCCACUGCUCUGCACAUGCUGGGGCUGGGGCUGUGCCUGUGCCUGUUCCCAUCACUGAGUGAUGCUCUGUAAAUAGUGUGCUUGUCCCUGAUCAUGUGCACCUUAUCACUAC